AGAGUAACAUGAUGGAAGAUUAUGGUAACGAAGAUGAUGAUGAUCUUUUGCCUUGGUUUAGGUUUCGACCAACGGAUGUUGAGAUAGUUGAACAUUAUCUCUACAAUAAGGCACAUGGCUUACCGGUGAGUUCAAACGACGUUUUGAUUGAGUGUGAUCUCUAUGGAGAAAAGGAUUCCUGGAGUUGGAGGAAAUACUUCAAGGACAGCGAUGAGACUAGUCUUUACUUCUUCACGAAACUGAAGAAAGUGUCAAGCAAUGGUUCAAGAAUACAAAGGAGCACUCCCUACGGCACAUGGAAACCCAAUAACGAUAAGCCAAUAUAUCGAGAUAAAGCUAAGAAGAACCAAAUUGGGUCUAUGAGAAGUCUUACUUAUAUGCCGCACAGAGGGCUCAAAUCUACCAUCGGCCGAUGGGUCAUGCAUGAGUUUAGACUGGCGGGGAGCCUCCUACGCAAUAAACAGUAUGAGGAUUACGUGAUUUGUAGGAUCGAAAGCCAACGAGAUAAGGAAAAAGAAGACAGGCUUAUAAGUGAGGUCAUUCAAAAUGAAGAGCUUUCUGUUGAAAUAUUUGAGCAACAGAAAGAUGGCAUGACUAAUACUAAGUUUGCGGAUGACAUUGAUGACAUCAAAUUAGAACUGUUGGAGGCUUACGUUUCAUCGUUAGAAUUUGCAUCUUGCCCAUCGAAGUGGGAUUGGGCGGCAAUAAACACAACACCCUCAACAUUCAUGCUGCCAAUGCCUUAA